AUGGAAUUGCAGCCAGACGACCACAAAGGAUACAUGAGCUAUGCUCUCUCCCUAGCUGAGCAGUCUCCUCCCAAGCCCACCAACUUUCGGGUCGGGGCAGUUCUAGUGGACACGACGAAAAACGAAGUUCUGGCCACGGGUUACACACUGGAGCUCGAAGGCAACACACAUGCCGAGCAAUGCUGCUUCAUCAAACUGACACGGAAGCACGGCGUCGACGAAGAACGUCUGUCGGAGGUUCUCCCUCAACAUAUGGCGCUGUACACCACAAUGGAGCCCUGUUCCAACCGACUCAGUGGCAACCUCCCAUGCGUUCAAAGGAUUUUACGUCUUAGAGGGCUGAUCCAGACCGUCUACGUUGGUGUCAUGGAACCCGAGAAGUUCGUAUCGGAGAAUACCGGGAGGAUAGCCUUGCAGGACGCAGGCAUAACCUUUGUUCACGUCCCUGGCCUCGAGGACUCGAUAUUGAAAGUCGCUACCGCAGGUCAUGCGUGA